AUGAUAACAUCGAAUGUUACAACUUGCAUUCAUCAAGCAUUCAUCGAACAGGCAAUUCUCCAUCCAAAUAAGGUGGCUAUUACACUUGAUGAUCAAUCUCUAACUUACAAUCAAUUACUUAAUCAAGUACGACAGCUAACAUUUGUUCUAAUCAAUGAUAAAGGAGUACAUCCAGGUGAUAUUGUAUGUCAGUAUAUCGAUCGAAGUAUCGAAAUGAUUAUUGGUAUAAUGAGUAUUAUGAUGUCAGGUGCUGUUUAUGCUCCAUUGAAUCCAAGUAAUCCUCUUGAUCGACUUGAGUUACUUGUUCAUCAAGUUGAUACUAAACUCAUACUUGUCAAUCAGAUGUCACUUUCAUGCAUAAGCUCACUCAAUGUUCCCAUUCUCGAUAUCUCUGAAGUAAUUGAAUCCUAUCAUCUUUUGACUGAUGCUCAAAUUGAAGAAUUGUCUAAAGUUGAUGUAACACCUGAUUCUAUCUCCCAUAUUGUGUUCACAUCGGGAUCGACAGGUAUUCCUAAAGCAGUUCAAAUUCGACAUCGCAACUUCAUGGGUUACAUGCAUGCACAUUUCAUACAGACGAAUGAUGUCAUUCUUCAACUUGCAAGUUCUUCUUUUGAUGUACAUUUGGAUGAAAUCAAUGGUGCACUUGUUCGAGGUGGUCAUUUAGUUUUACUCAAGGCUGGAGGCCAUCUUGAUUUUGAUUAUGUGACAAAAGUUAUUCACGAGAAGAAUGUAACUUUUGUUGCACCAGUUCCAUCAUGGAUGAAUGCUUUAGGAAAAUUUCUCAGCGAGAAUCGUUCUGCUCAAGAGAGAAUCAAACAAGUGCGUUUAUGGUAUCUAGGAGGUGAACAACUAUUCAGUUCAACAGUUCAUCAGUUUUUACCAUUUGUCAGUGAACAAUGUCAUAUUUUGAAUUCUUAUGGACCUGCAGAGAUCACAGAAGCAGCGACUUUUUACGAAGUUCGUCGUGAAGAACUUUCUACAAUCACAUCAUUACCGAUUGGUCGUCCAAUGACUGGCUAUCGAAUUUAUCUUCUCGAUGAAUAUCGGCAACCAGUAAUACCUGGUCAAUUGGGUGAAAUUAUCGUUGGAGGUGUUGGUGUUUUUGCUGGUUAUUAUGGAAGAGCAGAUUUGACAUCACAAGUUUUGAUUGAUAUCAAUGGUGAGCAAUGCUAUGCAACUGGUGAUUUAGCUCGGUUAGAUUUUGGAUCAGGUGAACUUAUGUUUAUUGGUCGACGAGAUUUUCAAGUGAAAGUUCGAGGACAACGCAUCGAGUUAUCUGCAAUUGAAUUAGUAAUCAUUCAAUCAUCGCCGAGCGUUAUUAAUUGUGUUGUGGUAAAGGAAAACUUCGAAGAUGAUAACUACUUGACUGCUUAUGUUCAAGUGAAAGAAAACCAUGAAAAAAGCAAACUUCAAAAGGAAAUGAGCCUUGCUUGUCAGAGUCGUUUACCUUCAUACAUGAUUCCAUCGAAAUGGUUGUUUGCUCCAGAAUUACCGCUAAAUCCAAAUGGUAAAAUAGACCGAAAUGCAUUAGGAACGAUUGCACUGCAGGCCGUAGAUUUCCCCAAUGAGCAACAGACGACGAGAAUUUUGUCAUCACUUGAAAGAAAAUUGCAAGACAUUUUUGUUCGAGCAUUUCGUUUAAAGUCGCUACCAGAUAUAGAAAACACAUUUGGUCAGUUAGGUGGCACAUCAUUGGGUGCAAUGCAUGCACUCAAUCUUAUACGUCAAGAAGUGUUUGAGAAAAUGGAUAUUGGUCUACUAUUUGCAAAUCCAUCUGUGCGAGAAUUAGCCGUAGUUUUAGAAUCAGCGCUUUCCAAUGUCGAGCCUGAUCAAGAGAAGCAAGAAGAUGAUGUUGACUUUUCUAUUCGACCUCGCGGUACGCAAUGGCUCGUUCUUGUUCUUCGACGAUUUGGCACACGAAUUGGUGAUGAUGUCAUUAUCGAUGAUAUGAAAACGGUAUACGAUGUCCAUUUGAUCACUAUUGGUAAUCAUUCACGUCUGUCGUCCACAUCUGAAAUACAGUGUCACACCUUCGAACAGCGUCGUCUCAAACUUCGACCUGUCACCAUUGGUCCAAGUUGUAUUUUCAAGCCAAUGUCAAUCGUACUACCCGGGGUGACAUUCAUCGGUCAUAACCGUCUGGCACCCUGUUCACUUGCCUUGCCUCAUGACCGAUUUGCAGCGCACACUGAUUGGUCUGGUUCGCCAACAAAACGUGUUACUGUUCACCACGGCUGUGAACCUCCACAACUGCUUUUUGCUGAACGUCAAUCAUCGUUGGGCAUGUACAAUGUAACUGUUGGACGAUUUAAUGAUGACAUCCUUGUCCUCUAUUUUGGAGAAAAUGGAUGGUUGGGUUGGCAGUCGGGUAUCGACUUGCGGCACCCGUUUCGACCGUGCGAUAUUUAUAUCAAAUUAUUUUUUAUUCCAUUUAUAUGCAAACCAAAAGCAAAACAUGUACUUAUCAUCGGCCUUGGCGGUGGCAUUUUGCCCAUGCUCAUUCGACAUUAUUUUCCAUCAGUUCUAAUUCAUGUGGUCGAAAUAGACAAGACAGUUAUUGAAUUAGCUUCUGAAUUUUUCGAUCUUACCGAGAUGAUGGCAAAUAGCUACUUACAUGUCAUAGAAGAUGAUGGUUUUCGAUAUGUGAGCGAAACAGUUCAUCGAUAUGACAUCGUUUUUAUUGAUGCAUUUGAUGAAGAAGCAAUGCCUGCUCACAUGAAUACUGCGCAAUUUUUUCUCAAUAUAAGUGGUAUUUUAAAUAGCGAUGGUUGUUUGGCGACAAACGCUAAUCUUUCUAACACGGAUGCCUUUGAUCGACUAGCACAAACAUGUUGCUCAACAUUUGAAUCUAAUGUGUUAUUUGCUCAUACAAAUAUCAUAGAAAAUGCACAUGUGAUCAUUUCUGGCACGCUACCUUGUCUGAAACCGAUUACUUCACAAGCACAAGCUAUUCAUGAAGCCCAAGAACUCGAAUCAGAUGCAAUGUUAGAAUUUAGUCUUUCUCGCCUCAUCGCAUUGGCCUAUCGAGGCCUACUCAUCGACAAAGAUACGAGAACAUAA